AACUCCAAGUAGUGAAAUAAUGUAUUGAAACUAAAUAAAAAAAAAAAACAAGUUAAUUAGGUAGGUUUGAAAAUUGAAAUAAAUAGUAGACUAAGAUGAAUGUUGGGCAUAUAGAUGAUGUGCAGGAACUAAGAAAAAUAGAGAGCACAACAGUUCCUGAUAGAUUUGUAAGAGAUGUAGAUGAGAUCAAGUCAGUAAUUCAAGACUCGUCUUUUACUGAGCACGUCCCGAUUAUUGAUCUUUCAAAGAUUGGUAAUGGAAAUUACAAUGAAAUCUUUAACCUUGCAUCUGCUUGCCAGGAAUGGGGUUUCUUUCAGGUCAUAAACCAUGGGGUUGAUGCAAGAUUGGUAGAGAAGAUAGAGAAAUUGGGCAUGGAUUUCUUUAUGCAACCUUUAGAGGAAAAACUAAAGUACAAAAUGCUACCUGGAACUGUUCAAGGAUAUGGUCAAGCUUUUGUUUUCUCCGACCAACAAAAGCUUGAUUGGUGCAACAUGUUUGCCCUUGGUAUCCAACCACAUUUUAUAAGGAACCCCAAACUUUGGCCAACAAAUCCGCUAAAUUUCAGCGAAUGCAUUGAUACUUACACGAGGGAGAUAAGGAAAGUAUGUGAGAAGCUACUAAGGUGUAUAGCAAUGAGCCUUGGAUUGAGAGCUCAAAUAUUUGAGGAAACCUUUGGUGAAGCAGUUCAAGCCAUAAGGAUGAAUUACUACCCACCAUGUCCAAGACCAGACUUAGUGUUAGGUUUAAGCCCUCAUUCAGAUGGAAGUGCCCUUACUAUUUUACAACAAAAGGAAGGUGGCUCUGUUGGCCUUCAAUUGCUUAAAGACAACAAUUGGGUUUCUAUUAUUCCAAUCCCCGGAGCUCUUGUGGUCAAUAUCGGAGAUACCCUUGAAGUGCUAACAAAUGGGAGAUACAAGAGUGUGGAGCACAGAGCCGUGACUAACAUGGUAAAAGACAGGCUCUCAAUUGUGACAUUUUAUGCACCAAGUUAUGAAGUAGAACUUGGGCCGAUGCCCGAGUUUAUUGACGAAAGCAACCCAGUCCAGUAUAGAAACUAUCUUCAUGGAGAGUAUAGUAAGCAUUAUGUCACCAACAAGCUACAAGGGAAGAGAACAUUAGACUUUGCCAAACUCGCUACUCACAUUCCUGUGUAAAUUUCUGUUAAUUACUACCUUAGCUAUAAACGUCGACUUUUCGAGUAUUAAGUCGGUUACUUUGUACGGACUAUAUGAGAUAGACAAAAAGCUGAAUUGCUUAAUACCCUGGCUAAUAAUGUACAAGUAUAACACUAUAAGAUUAAAAGAACAAAUUUAACAAGUA